UUGAACUGGGAAAAAGGUUCAGUUUGGUGAACACCGUUCCAACACGUCCCUGCGUAUAUUGCAAUUUGUCAUAUGAGACUUCUCCACUAUCAACUCAUACAGAAAUCCUGCUACUUUCGUUCAUUCAGGAGCUACUUACCAGACAUGUUACUUUAUUUGUGUAGUUGCUACAGGAAGCUCAGCAGGUGUUACAUUAAAUUAUUCUAUCUUUGCACCAGGACAGGAGUGUCCACUUCAUUGUAGUUCUAACAGAUUGGUGUUUGCAGACUAGCGACACACAUCGUCUCUACCAUGGAGUCACAGGUGAUGUCCAACCCUGAGGACAUCGUCAGGCUCUACAGAGAACUCAGCCUGUUCCCGUCUUUGAGCAAAGCAGAAUUGGGACCUGUCAUCACGUCUCAGUAUGGAGGCAAAUACAGCAACAUCUACACGGAAUGGAGUCAGUGUGAUCUGGAGAGGAAUGAGAAUGUCAAGUUUUGCAGACAGUACAUUGUGUUCCACGAUGACAAGUCGGUGGUCUUUUCUGGAGCCUCUGGAAACAGCACUGAGAUCAGAGGAGAGUUGCUCAGUAAGGAUUCCCCUUCAGGUGUAAUGAAGGCUGUUGUCAGAGAGUGCAAAAUCAAAGGAGAGGACGUACAGUUUCUGGAGAUUUGGUGUAAAAACAUCAAGACGAAGAGCAUCAAUCUCACGGCAUUGAAGAAGCAUGGCAAAGUCUAUGAAGAUGAUCAGUUUGGCAGCUUGGUUUGGUCCCACUCUGAGACCCACCUCUUGUAUGUGGCAGAAAAGAAGAGGCCUAAGACAGAAUCCUUCUUCCAGUCUGACUCUACAGGGUUGUCUUCCAUUGCAGAGGAGGAGGAGAUCACAAGAGUGGAGAAAAAGGAGGCUGUAAAAGGGGAGCAGUUUGUCUUCCAUGAGGACUGGGGGGAGGCGCUGGUUAGUAAGAGCUGUCCUGUGCUUUGUGUUUUGGACAUAGAUGGGGACAGUGUCUCCGUGUUGGAGGGCGUGCCGGACGAUAUCUCACCUGGACAGGCAUUUUGGGCUCCAGGUGACACAGGUGUGGUGUUUGUAGGCUGGUGGCACGAGCCUUUCAGACUUGGCCUCAAGUACUGCCCAAACAGGAGGUCAUCUCUGUUCUAUGUGGAUCUCACUGGUGGGAAAUGUGAGCAGCUGUCAUCAGGCACCAAUGCGGUGUACUCCCCCAGGCUGAGCCCAGAUCGGUGUCGGAUUGUUUACCUGGAGUGUUCCGUCUAUGGGCCACACAUGCAGUGCAGCAGGAUGUGUAUGUAUGACUGGUAUACUAAGAAGACAACAGUGGUGGUGGAUGUGCUGAAGCGGCCUAGAGAGGAUGGUUUCACUGGUAUCUACUGCUCUCAGUUGUCCCCUCAGUGCUGGUCAGCUGAUAGUCAGCGUGUUCUUGUCGCUUGUCCUCAGCGCAGCCGCAAGGAAUUGUUGAUGGUGGACACAAGCACUGGGAGCAUCACACCUCUGACUUCAAACUCCGAUGUUGGCAACUGGUGUCUGCUGAACAUAGAGAGAGAUCUGAUGGUGGUCAGCUGCUCCUCUCCAAAUAGCCCUCCAAGUCUGAGGGUAGGAUUCCUUCCCCCAAGGGAUUCUGAGGAGAAAGUGGACUGGGUUACUUUGGAAGACUCUCAGACGUUGCCAGAUAUUGAUUGGCAGAUCUUGACUUUCACCCCUCCUCCAGAGCAGGAGAACAGCCAAUACCCUGGCCUUGAUUUUGAAGCAUUGCUGAUCAAACCAAAGGAGGUUAAGGAUGGAGUGAAGCUGCCUCUCAUCGUCGCUCCUCAUGGGGGUCCUCACUCAGUGAUUGUAGCUGAUUGGAUUCUGUCAUCAUCAGUGCUGUGCCGAAUGGGCUUUGCCUUAUUACUGGUGAACUAUCGUGGCUCUCUGGGGUUCGGCCAGGACAACAUUUUGUCAUUACCUGGCAAUGUUGGCACACAGGAUGUCAAAGAUGUUCAAUUUGCAGUUGAAAGUGUUCUGAAAGGUGGUGAGUUCGACAUGCACAAGGUUGCAGUUUCCGGGGGCUCCCACGGUGGUUUCCUUGCCUGUCAUCUUAUCGGCCAGUACCCGGACUUCUACAAGGCCUGCGUGGCUCGCAACCCCGUGACCAAUCUGGCCUCCAUGGUUUGCAGUACAGACAUUCCUGACUGGUGCGUGUACGAGGCCGGCUAUGACUACAGCACAGACUGUCUACCUGAUCCAGCUGUGUGGGAACAGAUGUUAAAUAAGUCCCCCAUUAAACAUGUCACACAGGUGAAGACACCAGUGUUGCUUACCUUAGGGGAAGAUGACAAACGAGUGCCUAGUAAGCAAGGAAUUGAAUACUACAGAGCUCUGAAAGCAAAGCAGGUCCCAGUCCGGCUGCUGUGGUAUCCAGGAAAUGGCCAUGCUCUCUCCAAGGUGGAUGCUGAGUCCGAUGGCUUCAUGAACAUCGCUCUGUGGAUAAUUCAACACUUGUAUCAAUGAUGGUAGUUAUACCACAGCAGGAAUCUAGCGUGCGCAAGGGAUAUUCUGCUUUUGUUUCAUGGACAUUGUAAGGUCCAAGCCAAAGAAUUAAAAGAACGCUCAAACCUUAAGAUAUGUUGUAAAAGAAAAAAAAUCUCUUCUUGUAAUUGAGCUGUUACCAUGGUUGUUUCCAGUUGCUUUCUCAAAGCUAAUGAAGCAGAUGGAAUUUUUAACACAGCACUUGAAUAAAAACAGCUUGGAUUUUGCAGUCUCUACACUUAUAGACAAAAUAAAGGGCUGUUCAGUCUGUUAUUUGUGUUUGAGAGACAUGUUUUUCUCUGCUCAUUGUCAUGUUUUUAAAAAAUCAGUUUGAUGUCAUGAUACAGUGCACUUAAUAAAGUUGUUAUAAAAAUA